AUGGUGGCAUAAGUCGACUUGCGAGAAGGCUAUUCAAAUGAAUGUAUGAGAAUGGAGGGAAGAGUGUGCAUUGGAAAUAAUACUGUAAUUGACAAGAACUCCAGAAGAGAUAACGAUGAGAGCAUAUUUGCAUAUUUCAACUUUGACAAUGAAUUCGGCUCUGAUAUGUCUAUUAAUGGCGUCAACCAUCUUAAAUAUGAUCCAUCUGUACUUUCUAAGUUGAUUCCUUCUUUCAAUGGUCAAGGCUUUUCACAGGAACUAUCUGAAAGCAAAUUCUUGACUUUGAAUAUUUCUAAUAUUGGGACGAAUACUUUCAGUUUAAAUUUAUGGGUAUUUUUGGUAGAGCAAGAUUAAAGCUAAAACUAAUAAUUAUUUUUGACUUAUGCGGAUAACAUUCAAAACUUUGACAUUUAGCUUUACUUAACUCCUUAUGGAAAUCUUAAUUUGAAAACUAAAGAUCGUCAAAUUACUAGGACUAAUUCUAGACUUAGACAAAGACAAUGGAACCGAUUGUCCAUAAAUAUUAUUGAUAAUUAAAAGGUGCAGGUUAUUUUAAACUCGAAAGUUGAUAUUGACUUAAACAUUGAUCAGCCUUUUGACUAUGGCUAGAAUAGAGAUGGCAGCAAGGCAAUAUAUAUUGGUGGAGACCCUUGGCAUGAUGCUUCAGGAUAUAAAGCCUUCAUAGAUGAUCUUAGAGUUGUCAAAAGUUAAACAACAGUGAGAAGUUAAGCUCAAAGUAUGAGAGAGAUCUACACUGAUUAAUAGUUAUUUAACUUACAAAACGCAGAUCUAGGUUGCAAAUCGAUAGUAUUUGAUUAAGCUCAUGAUUGCUGUCCUUCAUCAAAGAAUCAUAUUUGCGAUGAUAUUGAGUUGACUUAAUUUGGCUAUGGAGUGGCAAAAUUUAUGGGAUGGAUUGAUUAGAGUGAGAUAGUUAGAGUAUUCACUGCUGAAAUGAUUAGUAAUAAAUAAUAUAAGCCUGAUUUUGAGCCUUUGGAAAAAGGACUUGUGAUAUGUUGCAAGAACAACCAGAAUUGA